AUGCAUCGGCUGGUGUACAUGAAGCGCAAGGCGAAGGCCGCACAACCCAAGCCAGCACCCGCAGACCCCGCCGAGCAGCAGCCCCUGCCCGUCCUCGAGCUCGCCCUGCCCGAGGCCACGAGCUUCCGCGCAUCGCUCAUCCUGCCCGACCUCUCCCGCAGAUUCACCCUCCUCCGGACGACCGGCGAGCUGCUGCCUAUCGACCGCUUCCGCGACAGGCUCCGCCACGAGCGCGAGGCCGGCCAGAUCACCUCCGAGGACGAGCACAUCCUCAUCCACCACUACCUGCACCACCACCCGAACGCCCUCUUCGCCGCCACCGCCGCCGCCCGCGACGCCGCCUACAUCCGCAAAACGCUCGCCAUGAGAAACGCCCCUGCGCCGCCCCCGCCCCCGCCGCCCGCCGCCGAGCCCCCGCCCGCCUGUCUCGCCGAGUGGCACGCCUCGGACGACGACGACGACGACGACGACGACGAGGUUGAUGAGCUCCAGCUCUCGCCCGCACAGGCCCACAGACUCUCGCGAGCCGUCGACCGCAUCUUUCCCACGCCGCGCCCAGACGAGCUCGGCCCCCAGGAGCUCGGCCGACCCGCCUCCUCCUCCCUCUCGCGGGCCUCGUCGGCCGCAUCGUCCUGCGACACCCUCAACAGUCUGUGGCUGUGCCAGCCCGACGACUCGGCGGAGGACGCGGAGAGGCUCGGCUUCGGCUUCGCCCCCGCCCUCGACCACCUCCCGCCCCCGACCCCCUUCGUCGCGGACCCCCUGCCGACGCUCGACCUGACGUACGACGAGGUGCGGCUCAUCCACCAGACCCUCGUCGCCGCCCUGCCGCCCAAGCGCCCCCGGGCCAGCCCCCGCUCGAGCGCCCUCCAGCAGCGUCUGACCCUCGCCAAGGCCGCCGCCAUCGGCGCCUGCCACCCUAUCCGCCCCCGCCCCGCCCACACGCCCCGCUCGCCCUCGCUCGCCUCGCCCGUCUCGGCCGCCGACAGCCCCGACGGCUCGUGCUUCCCCCUCACCCCGCCCUCCACCCAUCUGUUCGUCCGCUCGCCCGAGCCCGGCGGGAUCCCGUCGCCACCCCCGAGUGCCGAAGCAAACGACGCAGCGCGGCCGCGGAUGUUUGGCUCGCGCGCCGGCCGGCCGCAGCCGACGACGAUCCUCUUCCGGGACGUGGAGGCACAAGCGAUCGGGCAGCCCGUGCUGGUGUCGGCGUCGGCGGAGACGACGCGGGGGAUGAUCCCGCUUGGGCUGCCGGCCGGCGAGCCGCGGGGCCUGCUGGGGGCCACCAAGGCGCUCAAGCUGCGCUUCCACAAGAAGAAGCGGCCCUCCGAGUCUGCCCUCCCCCCCGGCCCCCACCAGCCCGACCAGCACAGCCGGCCGUCGAUGAAGUCCUUCGCCAGCAUCCCCAACCUCCGCGCCGGCAGCGGCGCCUGGCCCGUCGACCCCCCGCCCGUCCGCGACGCCGACGCCGACCCGCUCGCCAUCAUGCCCGCCGGCGCUUGGAAGACCGCCCCCGCUCUGAGCUCGCUCAAGAGGCUCAUGGACCGCCACCGCAAGUCCGCCGCCGAACCCGCCGGGUCCCCUGCGAGCCCGGUCUUCGGGCCCUCCGCCGACUGGCCCUUCUUCCCCGACCUGGCCGAGGACCGUGGGCCCCGUCGGAUGAGGAGCAGUACUCGGGGCACCGCCGACGACCAGGAACGGGGGCCGGGCAAGAGCAGCGUCCGAGCGCCCUCCCCGGCCUCCUCCCACGCCCCCUCUCCCCACCCCCCGUCUCCCCCCGUCGUCGCCCUCCCAAUCCCCUCCUCGCCCAGCCCACCACCCUCACCAGCCGAGCACUCCUCACACAUCAACGUCUCCGGGCCCCCCGACAGUCCGCCCUCGCCCGUCGCCGGCCAACCGGCAGACGACCGAUGGCUCGCCGUGGCCGACGACGGCUGCGCGCGCUCCGACUACGCCGAGUCGAUCCUCGACCUCUACGCCCCUGACCCCGGCCCUCCCUCUCCAGGCCCCCCCUCGCCCGGCCCUCCCUCGCCCGGCCCUCCCUCGCCAGGCCCUCCCUCGUCCGGCUCCCACUGCAGACGCGCCAGCAGGGACUCUUCGCGCAGCAGCGCCAGUCGGUACAGCGCCAGUCGGUACAGUGCGAGUCGAUACAGUGCGAGUCGGUACAGUACGAGUAGGUACAGUGCGAGCAGGUACAGCGGCCCCGGCGACGCCCCCGGGUCCCCACACGCCGCCGACAUCCUGGCCCUCGUCACCGCCCUGCAGCAGUCCACGCGCUUCUCCGCCUUCGACCCCCCCGACGCCGCCGACGCCAUGGCCCACCCCGCCGGCCCCGCCGCGUUCGCUAUCCAGCGUCUGCCCCCCGUCCCUGCCUUCCUCAACCCCUCCGGAACCGCCCCUCCCGGAACCGUCCCCGCCGGAACCGCGCCCUCCGGACCCGCCCCCUCCGGAACCGCCCCCUCCGGGACCCGGGCGCCCGAGGACGACGACGAGCGGCGCGUCUGGAGACGCAUCCUCGACGGCUAG